AUGUGUUCUGUGUUCUCCCUAAAGCCUUGUAGUAAUGUCGCAAUAUCAGCUGAUAGUAGCAUUACAGAGUCGUCGUGGAAGAGGAACUGUGUCUCUGCAACUGCAAGAGCACAAGUGAUAGUGAAUGUCACCACGGCAGCUCCAAAUAAGCCAUCUUCGUUGCUGUUGAAGCAAUUAGGUAUUCCUCACAGUGAUCUACGCGUGGAGGAGAUUGUGGAGAGGCAGUCGUCUCAUAAUGAGUUUUAUCGCAGCUUCAGCACCGAUCAUGAAGUGAUGAGCAGGAAGAUUAAGCCAAAGUUGGAUGGUGAAUUUCUUGAUGAAUCCUAUGAAAGGUGUAGGGAGAUUUGUGCUGAAUAUGCUAAGACUUUCUACCUGGGAACUAGGCUAAUGACAGAGGAGCGGAGAAAGGCAAUAUGGGCAAUCUAUGUUUGGUGCAGGAGAACAGAUGAACUAGUGGACGGCCCAAAUGCAGAUUAUAUGAUGACCAAUUCGACGGUAUUGAAUAGAUGGGAAGAGAGACUAGAAGAUAUAUUUAAUGGUCGGCCUUAUGACAUGUUUGAUGCUGCUCUCACUCAUACGAUUUCUCAAUUCCCCCUUGACAUCAAGCCAUUCAGGGACAUGGUCGAGGGAAUGAGAAUGGACACAUGGAAGUCGAGGUACCAGAACUUCGAGGAGCUGUACCUCUACUGCUACUAUGUGGCCGGGACAGUAGGGCUGAUGAGCGUCCCGGUGAUGGGGAUAUCUCCGACCUCCUCUGCCUCUGCUCAAACCAUCUACGACGCAGCUCUCUACUUGGGCAUUGGGAAUCAGCUCACCAACAUCCUUCGCGACGUCGGCGAAGACGCGUUGAGGGGCAGAGUAUACCUUCCCCAGGAGGAGCUUGCGCAGUUCGGGCUGUCCGACAGAGAUGUCAUGUCAGGGAAAGUGACAGACGGGUGGAGGGAGUUUAUGAAAGCUCAGAUCACGAGGGCCAGAUCCUACUUCAACCUCGCCGAGGAAGGAGCCUCCCACCUCGACGACGCCAGCCGUUGGCCGGUGUGGACGGCGCUGUUGGUGUACAGGAGUAUAUUGGAUGAGAUUGAGAAGAAUGACUAUGAUAACUUGAACAAGAGGGCUUAUGUUGGCAAGGGGAAGAAGCUGCUCAUGCUGCCCUUAGCUUACACCAGAGCUCAAUCUCGACCACCAACUUUGCUACUUCCUUAA